AUGGCUCGGGCAGCCUUGGCGACGGGGGUUCGGCUGGGGCGGCGGCUAGGCGAGCCGGUACCAGGGCUAGGACUGGGGUUGGGGCCGGGGCGAAGGCACUGGACGGCGGCCGGGCGCUCGCGGAGCCGGCGCGAGGCGGCCGAGGCCGAGGCGGAUGCGCCGGUGUUCCAGUACGCGGGCGAGCGUGCGGCGCGCGCCAACCGCAUCUUCGUGUGGGGCUUCAGCUUUUCCGGAGCGCUGGGCGUGCCCACCUUCGUCGUGCCGGGCUCUGGGCCUGCACCCCGCGGCGGUGUCCGACCGCGCCGCCGGAUUCAGCCGGUGCCCUACCGCCUGGAGUUGGACCAGAAGAUUUCAUCUGCUGCCUGUGGCUAUGGAUUCACACUGCUGUCCUCUAGAACGAAGGACAUUACAAAAGUUUGGGGCAUGGGACUCAACAAAGAUUCCCAGCUUGGAUUUCACAGGAGCCGGAAAGACAAAAGUCGGGGGUAUGAGUAUGUUUUGGAGCCCUCGCCUGUCCCGUUACCUCUGGACAGACCUCAGGAGACACGGGUGUUGCAGGUGUCCUGCGGCCGAGCACACUCUCUCAUCCUGACCGACGCUGAAGGAGUCUUCAGCAUGGGGAACAACUCCUACGGGCAGUGUGGAAGGAAGGUGGUUGAAGAUGAGGUUUACAGUGAAAGUCAUAGAGUCCACCACCUACAGGACUUCGAAGGACAGGUGGUCCAGGUUGCCUGCGGUCAGGACCACAGUCUGUUCCUCACAGAUAAAGGAGAAGUCUAUUCUUGUGGCUGGGGCGCGGAUGGGCAGACAGGUCUGGGUCACUAUAACAUCAGCAGCGUGCCCACCAAGCUAGGUGGAGACCUCGCCGGAGUGAACGUUGUCCAGGUGACCACCUAUGGGGAUUGUUGCCUGGCCGUGUCUGCAGACGGCGCCAUCUUCGGCUGGGGAAACUCUGAGUACCUGCAGCUGGCUUCCGUCACUGAGUCCACACAGGUGAAUGUGCCCCGGUGCCUACCUUUCUCGGGCGUGGGGAAGGUGAAGCAGGCCGCGUGCGCUGGGACCGGCUGUGCUCUACUCAAUGGAGAAGGACAAGUUUUUGUCUGGGGUUAUGGAAUUCUUGGGAAAGGACCAAACCUCGUGGAAACGGCCCUUCCAGAACUGAUUCCUCCUACUCUCUUUGGAUUGACGGAGUUCAGCCCAGAAAUCCAGGUUUCCCGCAUCCGAUGUGGGCUCAGCCACUUUGCUGCACUGACCAACAAAGGAGAACUGUUUGUGUGGGGCAAGAACAUUCGGGGCUGUCUGGGAAUCGGCCGCCUGGAGGACCAGUAUUUCCCAUGGAGGGUGACGAUGCCUGGGGAGCCCGUGGACAUGGCGUGUGGUGUGGAUCACAUGGUGACUCUGGCCAAGUCCUUCGUCUGA